AGAUAAUGUUGAUGAGUGUGGAGGACCACAUAAGGAGCAUCCAAAGAAAGAGCACAUAUGCGGGCGCCCACUUGGGCUUUGCUUCAACGUAGCAUCAGGUGAACUUUAUGUUGCUGAUGCAUACAUGGGCCUAGUUGCAAUUAAGCCCAAUGGGGGCACCGCUAGAAAAGUCAUAUCCCAUGAAGUAGAAGGGGAACCCUUGCCUUUUACAAAUAGUUUGGAUAUUGAUCAACUAACUGGAACAGUGUACUUUACCAGUAGCAGUUCUAAAUACCAGAGAAGGAAUUAUGUGUCUGUGAUUGUAAGCGGUGAAAAAUCAGGGAGGUUAAUAAAAUACGAACCAGAAAGUGGACAAAUUAGUGUUCUUCUAAAGAAUCUCACAUUUGCAAAUGGGGUAGCACUUAGCAAAGAUGGUGAAUAUAUUCUAAUAGUAGAGACAACAAACUGCAGGGUAUUGAGGUAUUGGUUAGAAACAUCAAAAGCAGGAACAUUGGAAGUCUUUGCUAAUCUACCAGGUUUCCCAGACAACAUAAAACGGAGUCCAAGAGGGGGAUUUUGGGUUGGAAUUUAUUCAAGAAGACAAAAAUUUAUCCAAUGGAUUUUAUCAUAUCCUUGGAUAGGAAAAGGGUUGGUUAUGCUUCCUUUGGACAUAACAAACAUUUAUUCAUAUUUGGCUAAGCUGAAAGGAAGUUAUGGAUUGGCAAUAAGGCUAAGUGAGGAGGGUGAUGUGUUGGAAAUUUUUGAACAUAAAAGUGGAAAUAGAAGUUCUAUUAGUGAAGUGGAGGAAAGAGAUGGUGUAUUAUGGGUUGGAUCAGUUGAUGCACCUUUUGCUGCUAAGUAUAAAACUCUUGUGUCACAAGGAUAAACUAAGAAAUAUUUUCCAAUAAGUCACUAUAAUUUAGUUUAUGAAAUUUCUAGUGCGUGACCGUGUCA